AGAUUGCUUCACUUGGCUCUUGUAUCCCAAGUUACUUGGGAAGCAAGAAACAAAGAUGAGCCGACAUAUCUCCUCUUUAUAUCAAUUUUACAGUCCCUUUUUGUCUUGUUCAUCAAAAUCAAACCAAGCUGAUAAACACAAACACUAACAAAAAGAAUGAGUUUUCUGGCGGGGAGAUUAGCAGGAAAAGAAGCUGCUUUCUUUCUGGAAGAAUCAAAACAAGCGGUUGCUCGUCUUGUAGAAAAAAACCCUAAAUUAAAAACCCCAGCAACAAAUUCAGAAUCCCCAAAUGGAACUGCUGAUGUUCUCCCUGAAAUUCUACGCCAUUCUCUUCCGGCCAAAAUUUUCCGGUCGGAAAAACCUUGUGAUUCUUCACUUUCAACUGAUGCUAAAUGGGCUGCUCCGAAUUCUGAUAAUGUAUCUUCUUCUGUUUCCCCUGAUGUUUUGAACCCUCUUCGUGGUUUCUUAUCUCUUCCUCAAGUCACUCUUGGUCCAAAGAGGUGGCAGUUACCGACAGCGGAGUUUUCUAUUACAGCAUCAACGGCUAAUGAUUUACGGCUUAAGCAACAACCAGAAAUCAAUCCUGAAAAAAUAAGAGCUGCAGCCGAAGGUUUUGCACAAAUCGGGACAGCUUUUGCUGUUGCUACUGCGAUAAUCUUUGGAAGUGCUGCAGUCACCUAUGGAUUAGUUGCAUCAAAGCUAGACAUUCAUACUACUGAUGAUAUUAGGACAAAGGGAAGAGAUUUAGUCCAGCAAAAUUCCGAGAGUUUCAGGAAGCAAUUAGCUCCCUUGAGAGAUUGGGCUGAAAACACUUCAAAGAAAUGGCGCCUUAAGACUGAGCAGAAUAAUAUAAAGGAGAAGCCCAUUGUGAAGGAGCUUUCCAAAAUAUUACGUGCAGAAGAUUCUGCGUGACUUAAACUACUUGUGCUUUUAUGCCCUCCUUGUUUGUAAUUAUCUCUGUUUGUGCUGACUGUUGUAUAGUACUUGUGUUCUCGUCAAAUAAAAUAAAGUUAACUAGAAAUACCGUUUACGUUUAUUUGAAUGUUGUAUUUAUGUUAUUAAGUGUCAAGAUAUUCUUCUAAGUUCCCAAUCUUAAACGGAAAUUA